GGGCCGCGGAGGCUGGUGCCCCUCUCCUGGGAUGAGACGCCCCACGCCCGCCCCUCCUCAACGGCCUGCGCGCCCGGCCCUGUUUCCUCCUGCGCCGACCUAGGUCGCAGCCGCCGCUGCCGCCGCCGCCGCCGCCGAGGGUCGCGACGCAGCCUGUGGGCGGGGAGCGGGUGCCCCCGGCCGUGCCGGAAGCCAGGAACGGAGGCUGAGUCCGGGAUGGCGCGCCAGGUGUCCAUGGCCUUCCAGGACCUGGCCGUGCGGUUCUCCGAGGACGAGUGGCGGCUGCUGGGGGAGGGGCAGAGGGCGCUCUACCUGGACGUGAUGCGGGAGAACUACGAGACGCUGGCCUCCCUGGGGACAGUGGAGCUGCUGCCCCUCUCUGCCUUCCUGUGUCCCUCGGAGCCUGGAGGAGCCGUGGGGGGCGGGGGCUGUGCUGCUGAUGGGCAGGACCCUCCACGGGGAGGAGGGCCCCUGGGAGGAGCCCCCCAGCACAGCCUGCACCUCAGCGCCCUGGUGCAGCUGGUGAAGGAGAUCCCAGAGUUCCUGUUCGGGGAAGUCAGCCCUGAGAGCAGGGGAGCCAGCCUGGACGGGGAGGGGGCGAGCCCCGAGGCAGCAGCUGUGAUGGGGGAUACUUGCCCUCUCCGAGGCUUGCUCGGCUGCCUUCCGGACACACCUGUUGGCCGGCCUGGCCUGGCCGCCAUGCCCAGCGGCAGCUCAUCCCGCAGCCCGCCCAGAGCCAGGGGGCAGGGGAGCCCCCUCCCCAUCAAAACUGCUGACAUGCCAAGGCCUGUGGAGGAGGAAAGCCCAGGAGCCCCCAGCCAGGAGCCUAGCCCUCCUACCUGUAGCCCCGGCAGGCGGAAGAGCCACAGGAAUCAGGAGAGAGGGGCCACGGGGGCAGGAGCUGCAGGAACCUCUCCUGGGAACAGCCCCCUGCAAGGCCUCAUCAACUGCCUGAAGGAAAUCCUCGAGCCCGGGCCCCAGCACCCCGAGCGGCCCCUGCGCUUCCUGCCGCCAGCCCGCAGCCUGGGUGCGUCCCAGCUGACCGGAGCAGAGCUGCGGCCCGGGAGCCCGCCCUGGGCAGUGAAGACAGAGACAGCCUCAGGGGCUUGUCCCCUCCAGAGUCUGCUGAACUGUCUGAAGGAGAUCCCAGAGGCCCGGGACAAGCAACCCAGCCCCUCAGGAGCAAGGGACCCAUGGCUGCAGGAGGACCCAGGGGCCUGGAAAAGGAAUUCUGGAGGGCCCCGCCCCUUCCAGACCCCUCCCCCCGGGCCUGGUCCUGGAGCUGGCAGCGUGCUCUCUGCAGUGAAGGUGGAGGACGGCUGGGCCCAGGGGCCCCCAGAGCCCACAGCCUGUGAGCUCAGCAAGCGGACCCACGGCCCUUCCGCCACGGGCAGCCCUGGGGACAGUGGAGGCACCGCCCGGGUCCAAGUGCCCAGCUGGGGCUCUGCAGCUCGAGCCGGCAGCGCCUCGAGCUCACCCCUGGAAGCCCUGGAGGCCUGUCUGAGGGGCAUCCCCCUGAGUGGGUCGUUACCUUCCCAGCCGCCGGCCAGCUCUUGGUCCCAGAGCCCCCAGCCAGGAGACCCUGGGUCUCAGAGGCCCGAGCUGCAGCGCCUCGGAUCACACAGCAGAGAGGUGGUCUUGGGGCCUCUUCUGGCUCUGGGCCUGCGGGGCUGCAUGAGAGACCCUGCCCUCCCUGCAGGCUCCCAAGGUACCUCCGCCAGCUUCUCUUCGUCCAGCAGCAUUGACGGGGACCUGGAUUUCCAGAGCCCUGAGGGCAGCCAGGGGCAUCGGCCUGGAAAAGGAAGCCGCGAGGGAAGCUCCCCGCUCCAGGGCCUGGAGAACUGCCUCAGAGAGAUGCCUGCACCUGGGCCGCAGCCCACCUGGCCCUGCUCCUCGGCAGGGCACAGGGGGCCAUGGAGGGUGGAGCCCAAGAACUGGACGGCGGGCAUGGAAGGACUGAGGGGCGAGGCCUGUGAGCCAGCCCACCUGGGACAGCGAGGGCGUGACGUGCCCACCGGGAGCCUCCGCCUGGCCAGCCCACAGGCACUUGCCCCUGGCGCCAUCCCUGCCUGCCACCAGCAAGGUCCCAGGGACCCCGGGGCCGCCAGGCCAGGACCGUGGAGGUGGCUCCCAGAUGGGCCAGCCACCAAGCCCUCCCCACUCCACUGCCUGGAGAGCUCUCUGAAGGGGAUUUUGCCCGGGGGGCCCCUGCGCUUCGCCUGCCUGGCUGACCCUGUCCCGGGCCCCAGCCCCAGCCCCAGCUCCAGCUCCAGCAGCUCAGAAGGAGAAGACCCAAGGCUGGAGCCUGAGCUCUGGCAGCCCCUCCUGCAGGAGAGGGACCGCCUUCCCAGCUGCAAGGGCCUUGGCCCUCCUUCCCCACGCCCUGGCGGCCCUCGCGCUGGCAGCAGCCCUGGUGAAGGCCGGAGAAGAGGCGAGACCGGGGACCACCGUGGUCUCAGUGCAGGAAAAGCAGAAGAGAAGGUGGGAGGCCGGUCCCAUCCGCCCUGGAGAGAAGUGUGCCUGGAGAGCCUGGGCCCGCCUGGCCCCCUGGGCAGCGCCGGAGGAGGUCGUGUCCAAAUAUCCCCGGUCAGAGUGGCUCUGGGAAGACGAUGUGUAUCCACACCCCAGGUGCUCUGUGCUCUUCCUGCGGGGGCAGCUGUGGACCCUGCCUCUCAGCUGGAGAAAAGGUCGGGGUCUGGGCCCUGCCAGCCUCCUGGGUCAGCCUGUGGGCCCCUGUCCUGGAAUCCGACGGCUGGUGAAGAGUCCAGGGGCCUGGGGCCCGGAGACGGAAGCCCAGGUGUUACAGGGUUUUCCUCCAGGACUAGUGGGCUGUUUCAUAAGAGCGUGCAGACCCUUUUUAGAGGCAAAACAGACAUUGAGACUUUCCCCAGAAUAGCCGGGACCCACCCGAGGCCCCUUCCCGGAGAUCCGCCUGGGCCUCCCCCCGGAGCCGCCAUCCCUGGGGCUUUGCCGCGCGCCUCCCCGCGGCCACCGUGCCCCUGCGCGAGUUCCUUGCAGCACGAGCUCCGCGGCCUCGGUGCCGCCCUCUCGGAGAAGCUGGAUCGGCUGGCCGGGACCCUGGCCGGCCUGGCUCAGGAAGUGGCCGCCGUGAGAACCCAGGUGGAUCGGCUGGGGCGGCGCCCGUGGGGCCCGGGGACGAAGGGCCUCCUCUGGGGCCCUCGCUGGACCGGUGGCCCUGCUCACAGACACCCGCCCUACUGGAGGCACAAGGGCCCCCGCAGGCCGAGACCGAAGAUCUUGCGGGGCCAGGCGGAAGGCUGCAGGGCCGGCGACUCCUCAGGCCUGGCCAGCGGGAGGCCCCGCCUGGUGCCUCAGCUGCCCCCGGACGUGCCCCUGGCAGAGGCUUCUGGGCCUAGCUCCGGCCCUCUCUCCUCGGCAUGCGGCAGCCCCGCUGUGCUGACCGCUUGUCACCCCCUCGGACUCCCGGAGAGCCACUGGAGCCCCCCACCCCCUUUGCUGCCUGCUGCCCCACCCCUCCAGGUGGCCGCCAGUGCAGGAGCAGAGCCUCGGGCUGCAGCAGCGGCACCGCCCAGGACCCUAAAGUGGCCCAAGGAUCCAAGCAGCCUGUUGGCGGGGCUCCAGAGAGCCCUUGAGGGGGAGCUGUGGGGUGGGGAGCACAGGGACCCCGGGUGGGGGCCCCCUAGCCGCCGUCUUAAUGGGCUGCAUCCUUCCGAGGAUGCCCCACCCCUGGCCUCUUCUGGAGGCCGGCCUCCGCCCUCGGCCCCCUGCAGCAGAACCUUCCCCGUGUCUGGACUGUGAGGGGGCCAGGGGUCUGUGCUUGGCCUGACCGCCCCGGACUUCAGGAUGCCUGUUGCUCAGGGAGGUGCGUUCCCCAGCCACGCCUCUGGCUUCCUUGACUCAGGUUCGUUUAGAUGUCGCUUCCCCUCCUGCCCUUCGCGCUGGAACUGCCAGCGCCGGCAGGGGGUGGUAUGCGUACAUGUGUGCGCACACCACGUUGCCGGGGCGCUGCGAGCCACUGCAGGGGCACCACGCAGGAGAGCACCUCUUCCCGCCUGCUGUCCUGACCUCAGCGCUGAGAAGCCAUGGCUGUCCUCUUCCUGGCGGAUGGGGGCUUAGCUUUCAUUUGGGGCAGAACUCCACCCCCUGGUCUAAGCUGGAUAUACCUGUGGUGGAUUCUAAAAUUACCGACCCUGGUUGCUAAGGAAAAGGCCCAUGGCUCCUACAGAAAGGAGUCCAGAGGGGCCACACCAGCGCAUGGCUGUUUGGUUGUUACCAGCACUGGGGACAAGCCUGCCCUCCCAGAGCCCCCAGAGAAUCAGCAACCCCCCUACCCUGCCCCCCAAGCCCCCUCCGCGGCUGGGGGAGGAAUUCGCACACGACUCCCUGGGAAAGAGCAACACGUGUGUUGUCUUCCUGGGGCCGCAGUAACAGUACCACGGGCCGGGCGCCCUAAACAACACACACUUACAUCCCCGCGGUUCUGGAGGCCAGAUGUCCAAGGUCGAGGAGUUGACUCCUUCUGAGGCUGUUCGAGGCCCCUCUCCGUGGCCGGUCGCUGACCGUCCUCAUGUUCGCAGUGUGCUCUCCCUGAGCUCAUGCCUCAAAUGUCCCUUUCGUCUGAGGACACCAUCCUCAUGCCCUCACUAACAUGAUUACUUCUGUAAAGACCUUGCCUCCAGCUAAGAUCGCGUUCGGUGGUACUGGGGGUAGGACUCCAAUGUACGAUCCGCGGGAGUCGUGCACACUCCAACCCCUAACACACGUGAGGGACUGAGCUAAACUUGGGUUCCUCGUGGGGGAAGAAAGCAUGAGCGGGGUCACUAGCUCUGCUUUCCCGGCGGCCACCAGCCUGCCCUGGGCCCCGCCCCUCAGGUGGCACUCGGCGUAGCACGGGGAAUGGCCUGCCUGUCGUCUGCCGCAUUUCCCUCCCAAGGGUCAGAUCUUUUCUCCCGACUUUCCCCGCCUGAGUCCUUACUUGAUCUGAGGAAUCCUCGGGAUGGUUGUGCACACAUGUCAUCCGGGAAGGCCCUGUGGCGUGGUUAGCUGUGCGGUCAGGGAACCCGGGUGCGGCGCCGAGGCCCAGGCCGACUCGGGGCCAGAGCGGCUGUAGCCACGAUGGGUGCUGAAGGGGGGCUGUGGCUGCUGUGCCCAGUGCGCCCCCAAAAUCAGGGUCUUUGGGGACACACGCCGGGCCUGGCCUGUGCUCCCUGCUGCCUCUGUGGAGGGAGCAGGCCACUCAUGCCGACGGCAGUAGCCUGCAGACAGACCAUGGGAAGGGGGUGUUAGAGCAUUUCUAGGUCUAGAGUAAGUCCCAAGGCGACUGUCUCAGAAGCUAGUGUUCGUCAGAUCAUGUAAGCAGGAUGUUUAAGAGACAGUCUUCACGGUUAGCCAUACUUUUUUUUUUUUUUUUGCGGUACGCGGGCCUCUCACCGCUGUGGCCUCUCCCGUUGCGGAGCACAGGCUCCGGACGCGCAGGCCCAGCGGCCAUGGCUCACGGGCCCAGCCGCCCCGCGGCACGUGGUAUCUUCCCGGACCGGGGCACGAACCCGUGUCCCCUGCAUGGGCAGGCGGACUCCCAACCACUGCGCCACCAGGGAAGCCUCCGGUUAGCCAUACUCGAUGGAGCAUAAGGAACAGAAAAGUUCUAGGCUUUCCACUCAGGAAAAUGAGUCCAGCUCGUUCCCAGGCUGUGCAGGAGCGACGCUGGGCCCGUUUCAGAGCCAGUAGUAAGGGUCUGACGGCCUGGCGGGGAGAGGGGUCGGUGCUGCGGGCGAGGGGCCCCGGCCUCGCGGAGGAGGCCUCCGCCCAUCCGCCUGCCCAUCACCCUGGGCGGCCUCCCCUCUGCGCGCCCUUCUCAGCGGUGGGGGGGGGGGGGGGACGGGGCGGGGCGCGCCGUCCUCCUCUGGGUGACGUUUGAAGGCUCGGUUUUGUGGGCUUUACAAGUCAGCUUGCACGUCAACGCGUGAGGUAGCACGCGGGCCCAGAGGCCAGGAGGAGCGGUUGCUCCGGGCUGCGCGGGCCUCCUGCUGGCGCUGGCGGGGAGCGCGCACGGGCGUCGGCUGCGGCCCAGGCCGGGGGCUCCGGGUCCACCUGGACCCUGUAGGAAAGUGCAAGUCCUUUCUCAAGAAUGUAGAAAACGAGUAAUAAAAUAAAGGGUGAGACACUC